UGUUUAUUUGAGUUUGUUUGUUAUUAUGGCUGAAGAAAUACAGAGCUUCGCGUAUAAGUAUUGCCUGUCCUCCAUGGCUGCGACUGUGGCAGAAACAGUGACCUUUCCACUGGACAUAACAAAAACCAGACUUCAAAUCCAAGGAGAGAGAGCAUCAACCAUUCAGUCUACCACAGCAGCUAAUGUGCCUUACCGGGGUAUGGUGAGGACAGCAGUUGGUAUAGUUGAAGAAGAAGGAUUAAGAAAUCUGUGGAGUGGUGUCACCCCAGCGAUUUUAAGACAUAUUGUUUACACAGGCUCAAGAAUGACAGCCUAUGAAUUCUUGCGAAAUAAAGUGUUGAAAAGAAAUCCAGACGGAAGAUUUCCCUUAUGGAAAUCAGUGAUUGCAGGGAUGAGUGCAGGUGCCUUUGGACAGUUCAUAGCCAGUCCAACUGAUCUUGUUAAAGUUCAAAUGCAGAUGGAAGGAAAACGAGUUAUUUUAGAGGGACGUCGACCGAGGGUACGAAACACUGUACACGCUUUUUCAACCAUUGUUCGUAAACAUGGCGUCCGAGGGCUCUGGAAAGGUUGGGCUCCCAAUGUACAGAGGGCGGCCUUAGUAAAUAUGGGAGAUCUUACCACUUACGACACCGUGAAGCAUCUCUUGCUUCAUCACACAAGUUUGGAGGACAACUGGGUCACUCACACUUUUUCGAGUGGCUGCUCAGGACUGAUCGCUGCAACAAUCAGCACUCCAGCAGAUGUGGUCAAAACAAGAAUAAUGAACAAUCCUAACGUGUAUAGAGGAUCCAUAGACUGUUUCUUGAGUGCGGUUCGUGAGGAGGGAUUCUUUUCAUUAUACAAAGGAUGGCUGCCAACAUGGAGCAGAAUGGCUCCAUGGUCGUUAACAUUCUGGCUUGUGUACGAACGGAUCAGAAAUGUGGCAGGUGUUUCGGGAUUUUGACCCGAUUCUGAGCUGUUCUUCUAAAGUACCUUGGAAUCGAGUGAAAUUACCGAGACAUGGUUUCAAAAUCGUUAUGGGGUCGACGCGACGGGAAAAGACAUAAUUUUGGACAAAAAUUUGAAAGCAAAGAAGACCAAAAAAGCGGGGGAAAUUUUUAUUUACCAAUGUCCGCUUACUUGGGGCUAAGAGAUUCCAACUGAAGUAUUCCUGCCAAGGUUUGGGGUGAAUCAGAGGAACCAGUGAUAGAAAUUUAUACGGAAUAUAAAUUCAGAGAAUAAUCGCCCCAAUUAGGAAAAACGUAUCAAAAAGACAUCGAAGAUUUUUAAGAUCUUUUUUUUCCCACUCGAUGAUUACGGGCAAAUUAAUUUACGACUGUGUGAUAAAACUGUUUUUCCAUGGCAUGAUCCAAGCUCACAACAAGAAUAUGAGGAAGGCCAAAGGCUACUUAAAAAAACUACAAAAUUUCACAUCUAUCCUACUAGUCACAACGUAGUUGCAUCGUAGUUUAAUGGAAAUUUAACAAAAAUUUAUACUUUUAUUUUUGGACAGGAUUUAAGUAAUUAUUUAUUGAUGUUGAAGAAAUUUGACCUUGCUUCCAGGGAGAUUAAAUCAAAAGAAUAUGUCUCUAUUUACUAAGUUAUUAACUUUUGAAAAUAAAUUAAAGAGGAA